AUGAGUGGAAAAGUAAAGUCAAGAAGGCGGACUGGACUUUCAAGGAGUAGUUCUGAGGAAACCAGCAACAGUGUCUGCAUGAAUGUGGUGCUUCCAGAGCCUCUGACCCCUGAUUGCGGCAGGUUAACUAUAUCAUGGAAGACUAUCCUAAGUGUAAUGUUUAUAUUGAUUUUUCUUCUUCUAGGACUUAGAAAGCACAUAUGGCUUAAAGAAACAGAAUUUCUUCAGAAACCUAAGAGUUUUUAUGAUGUAAUUGCAGAAUAUGGCUCAAGGCUUUACAAUUAUCAGGUUCAACUUCGUAUGCCAAAAGAGCAACUGGAACUGUUAAAGAAGGAGAGCCAGAUUUUGGAAAACAACUUUCAUAAAAUUCUGGUUUUAAUUGAACAAAUAGAUGGUCUGAAGGCAUUGCUUAGAGAUAUGCAGGGUCGUCUACACAAUUACAGCUGGAACACUGAAGGAGAUCCCAUGAAGGUUGAGGACCACCCAGAGGUUAUGGAUGAGGAAAUGUCAAACUUGGUAAAUUAUGUACUGAAAAAAUUGAGAGAAGAUCAAGUGCAGAUGGCUGAUUAUGCCCUUAAGUCAGCAGGUGCCUCAAUUAUUGAAGCUGAGACCUCAGAAACUUAUAAAAACAAUAAAGCAAAACUAUACUGGCAUGGGAUUGGAUUCUUAAAUUAUGAAAUGCCUCCAGAUAUUAUUCUUCAGCCAGAUGUUCAUCCAGGAAAAUGCUGGGCUUUUCCAGGAUCCCAGGGUCAAGCCCUCAUCAAGCUUGCAAGGAAGAUAAUACCGUUUGCUGUUACCAUGGAGCACAUCUCAGAGAAAGUGUCACCCUCAGGAAAUAUCUCCAGCGCGCCAAAGGAAUUUUCUGUCUAUGGCAUCCCAAACCAAUGUGAAGGAGAAGAUAUUUUCCUGGGUCAGUUUAUAUACAAUAAAACAGGAGCCACUGUCCAAACAUUUGAGCUCCAGUAUGAAGUUUCUGAACCUUUAAUAUGUGUGAAAGUUAAAAUACUCAGCAAUUGGGGACACUUGAAGUAUACCUGCUUAUACAGAUUCAGGGUCCAUGGUACCCCAGGAAAUCACAUCUAG